AUGGUUAACCCAAAUCUUUCCGAAAAGCUAGAAAGUUCAAGGGUUGGUAGAGCCAAUCAACGGUAUAAUCCAGAAACUGGUGCUCGAAUGGUCGCAGGAUGUAUCUGCUUGGACGCUUCAAAGCAGAAAGUGAUAAUGAUACUGUCAUCACAGCAUAAUAACCGGUGGGUGUUGCCAAAAGGAGGGAUAGAAAUGGAUGAGGGAGACGAUUUCGUUGUAAGUGCAGUUAGGGAAACGUGGGAAGAAGCGGGAGUUGAAGGCAAAAUCCUGGAGAAAUUGCCAGUUGUAUUGGAUUCGAGGAAAAAGGCACCAGUAUUAAAGCCGGGUGAAGACUUUGACCCUCUGAAACUCAUUCCAAAAUCUGAAUUUCAUUUUUAUGAAAUGAUUGUAUAUGAAUUGAGUACGAAAUGGCCAGAGCAGAAAGAGAGAGAAAGAAGGUGGUGUACAUAUUCAGAAGCCAAGCAUGAGUUGACUAAAUCGAAUCGUCCGGAACUCAUCGAAGCUUUGGACCUGUCGCAUAUAGUUAAAGACAUUAAAGAAAGGGAUCAAACGUAUUAA